AUGCACGUCCAAAGAACUCUCAAUCUACAUCCUCCCGAGCUGCUCCACACCCAUCUGAGGACCGAAGAUCCCGGCCUUGCGCACAGACGCCUGUGCCUCCCAUCUCGCCACAAGACAACACAUCAACGCCCCAAGGAUGCACUCUGUUGCGCUCAUCCUUUGAGGCGCGAAAACGAUCGGGUGCGAGAACGAAUCGGUCGCAUCGCCGCGACCCUUCUCAAGAAUCUCGUUUCUUCCUGGGAGACUUGGCAGAACGAGAAGAGCUCAGCGGUUACGCCCUCUUCGGCGCGAGAAUGGCGGAACUUCAACAGUCUCAUCGAUGAACCCAAGAGCGCCGGGAACGCACGAAUCACGUCGACGGAUGUGACCUCGGGACAUACUUCUGCGAAUCCCGAUUGCUGGUGA